CAGACAAGACUUUUAUUUUGAAAGGCAUACCCGGAAGUCCUGCUGUCUUGAGCAGGGUAGCUAGCUUGAUGCUAGUGUGAAUAGCUCACGAUUACUUCUGAAGGACGGAAAGAAACAUAGUCACUGCUCGGAACACUUUUCCAUCUUUUCCACCGUCUCAGCGCGAUAAGACUAUAUUAUCAGUUGGUCAAACAAAAAAGCCUUUGGUCAUGUCGGGACAGAGGAAAGGAGCAGCAGCACGGCUGCUUAAAUGUGCCUUCUGCAGAACCAACCGGGACAAGGAGUGCGGGCAGCUGCUAGUGUCUGACAGCCAGAAGGUGGCAGCCCACCAUAAGUGCAUGCUUUUCUCCUCUGCCCUGGUCACAUCCCACUCAGACAGCGACAACAUUGGAGGAUUUUCUAUUGAGGAUGUGAAAAAGGAGAUCAAGAGGGGAAAUAAAUUGAUGUGUUCUUUAUGUCACCGGCCGGGUGCUACUAUCGGCUGUGAUGUGAAUACGUGCCGAAGGACGUAUCACUAUUACUGCGCUCUGAAGGACAAAGCCCAGAUCAAAGAGAAUCCCUCACAAGGGAUUUACCUUGUUUACUGUCGCAAACACCGGGAUGCCUCUCAGGUUGGCAUUCAAGAUGAAGAGGGAGCUGUGGCCAAUGAUUCCGACUCAUCGCCUCCACAAAGUAGGGGCAGAGGAAGGUUCGAGAAGGGAAGAGCCAAGGUCGGAUCUCGUGGCCAAUCAGAAGACACCCGAUCCACUUCCUCACAGGCUGCAGACGAGGAGAGUUCCUCCCACCGGGACAGGUCACCUCUUCGGGCCAGCCCGGCAGAUGGCGGCCAGCGCUGCGGCUUCUGUCAUGCCGGUGAGGAAGAGAAUGAAACGAGGGGCAUGCUUCAUACCGAUAACUCAAAAAAAGUGGCGGCACACUACAGGUGCAUGCUUUUUUCAUCAGGGACGGUGCAGCUGACCACUACGUCACGGGCUGAAUUUGGAAACUUUGACGUAAAAACAGUCAUCCAGGAAAUCAAGAGAGGGAAAAGAAUGAAAUGCACACUCUGCACUCAGUUGGGUGCUACCAUUGGGUGUGAAAUCAAGGCAUGUGUGAAGACCUACCACUAUCACUGUGGCCUGCAGGACAAAGCCAAGUACAUUGAAAACAUGGCGCGUGGCAUCUACAAGCUAUACUGUAAGAAUCACAGUGGCAACGAGGAGAGGGAUGAAGAAGAUGAGGAACGUGAGAAUCGCAGUAGACAGAGGGCAGCAAACAACCUUGAAGGAACAGCUGUAACGCAAGUGAAUGGCAACUAGGUUGGCCUGAGGGACGUGACGUGGGAUGAAAAUAGAAGAACUCUAAGACGAGGGAGAGAUAUUUUUCAUAAUAAAUCUUAGCCUACUCACAAAGUGGUGGUCUACAAGCCCCCUUCACAAGUCCUUCACAUGUUUUUUAUCUCUCUCCAGAAAAUGAUGUCCCAAUGUGCACCAGAUGUGUUCUUCAUGUAAAAACCCUGUUUUGAGUUGACUGGAUAAGCAUUUCACAGACUGGUGGUACUCUGCAGAGCACUGGACUGCUGCAGGAUCAUAAAAAGCCAUGGCUAAUCUAA